GGGAGCGAGCCUCGAGCAGAGGGGCCAGCGCUGGGAGGCGGGCGCCAGGCGGGGGUGGCCGGGACACCGCGCGUGACGUAGCGCCGGGCAGGGCGUUAUCAGCUGCGGGGCCGCGGCUAAGGGACUCGCGGCGACAGCGGACGGCGCCGCCCCGGCCGGGUCCUCUGCAGCCGGCUGCCGCGCGCGGGUCCCGAGCGCUUGUGCCUUCGAUCCCCGUAGCUGUGCCCCGGCGCGGGGAGGCAUGAGCUCGCGGCUGCAGCCCUAGCGCCUCGCUCCUCCGCCCUGGCAGCCCGGCUGCGGUGACCGGUGCUUGCUCCUGGGUUGGGGGCCAUGAAGCCAAGUCCAGCCGGCACCGUGAGGGAGCUGGAGCCGCCGGCAUCCGCCCGGGGCGAGCAGCGUGCGGCGGAGCCCGAGGGGCGCUGGCGGGAGAAGGGCGAGGCGGACACCGAGCGGCAGCGCACCCGAGAACGGCAGGAGGCCACGCUGGCUGGGCUGGCGGAGCUGGAGUACCUGCGCCAACGCCAGGAGCUGCUGGUCCGGGGCGCCCUGCGCGGCGUCGGGGGCGCUGGGACCACUGCGCCCCGUGUCGGGGAGUUGCCUGCAGAGGCGGCGCAGCGCAGCCGCCUGGAGGAGAAGUUCUUGGAGGAGAACAUCUUGCUGCUGCGGAAGCAAUUGAACUGUUUAAGGAGAAGAGAUGCUGGCUUGUUGAAUCAGUUGCAAGAACUUGACAAGCAGAUAAGUGACUUGAGACUGGAUGUAGAGAAGACAUCUGAAGAGCACCUGGAGACAGAUAGCCGACCUAGCUCAGGGUUUUAUGAGCUGAGUGAUGGGGCUUCAGGAUCCCUUUCUAAUUCCUCUAACUCGGUGUUCAGUGAGUGUUUAUCCAGUUGUCAUUCCAGCACUUGCUUUUGCAGUCCCUUGGAGGCAACCUUGACUAUCUCAGAUGGUUGCCCCAAAUCUGCAGAUCUCAUAGGAUGGUUGGAAUAUAAAGAAGGCCACUGUGAAGACCAGGCCUCAGGGGCAAUUUGCUGUUCCCCCUCCACACAAUUUAAUUCCCUUGAUGUCAUUGCAGAUGUGAAUCCCAAGUAUCAGUGUGAUCUGGUGUCUAAAAACGGGAAUGAUGUAUAUCGCUAUCCCAGUCCACUUCAUGCUGUGGCUGUGCAGAGCCCAAUGUUUCUCCUUUGUCUGACGGGCAACCCUCUGAGGGAAGAGGACAGGCUUGGGAACCAUGCAAAUGAUAUUUGCGUUGGAUCUGAACUGGACACCACCAAAACAGACAAUUCCUUACCAUCUCCAAGCAGUCUGUGGUCUGCUUCCCAUCCUUCACCCAGUAAGAAAAUGGAUGGCUACAUUCUGAGCCUGGUCCAGAAAAAAACACACCCUGUAAGGACCAACAAACCCAGAACCAGUGUGAAUGCUGACCCCACGAAAGGGCUUCUGAGAAAUGGGAGUGUGUGUGUCAGGGCCAUUGGCGGCCUCUCGCAGGGCAAUGGUGUGAACCUUAAGAAUUCCAAACAGGCAUGUUUGCCCACUGGGGGAAUACCCUCUUCGGACAGUGGGGUAUUCUCCCCACUGAAGCAGCGGCCAAAAGAAUCUAAGGCAGAGCAACUGGAAAGUAAAAGACUGCCCCCGCCGGAGGGCGGCUUGGCAGGUGCUGUCUCCGAACUCCAAAGCAAGCAUGUGCCCCAAAAUGCCAAGGCAGCCUCCCAGGAACACGGGCGGUGUCCUGCCUCUGGGAAAGGGGAGUCGCUGAAAGAAAGCUGUCAGAUCUCAGCUGUCUCUCCGAAAGAGAGCCCCGGCAGAGGUCCUCCUGUCCCCUUGCAGGAGAACAAGGCAGUGCAGCCCCUGAAAAAGAUGCCGCAGAAAAGCAACCUGCAGGCUGCCCCCGCGCCCGCUCCUCCUCCAUUGCUGCCACCUGCUUUUCCCAUGGAGGAGAGGCCUACAUUGGAUUUCAAAAGCGAGGGCUCUUCUUCGCAAAGCCUGGAGGAAGGGCAUCUGGUCAAAGCUCAGUUCAUUCCGGGACAGGUGACCGGCGGCAGGCUCCACCGGGGCCACAGGAACAUGGGCGUCGCGAGAAGCUCCACCCUGAAGCACCGGGGCCCGGCCCUGCAGGGGCUGGAAACCGGUCUUCCGACCGUCCGGGAGAAAACCCGGGCAGGGAGCAAGAAGUGUCGCUUCUCCGACGACUUGGAUACAAAUAAGAAACUCAAGAAAGCGACUACCAAGGCUCGGAAGAGCGGGGGUGGGCCUUCCGACGCGGGCCUUCCCGGCAGGCCCCUGGGCGGCGGCCACAGGGCGGGAAGCCGGGCGCACGGCCACGGACGGGAGGCGGUGGUGGCCAAACCUAAGCACAAGCGAACCGACUACCGGCGCUGGAAGUCUUCGGCCGAGAUUUCCUACGAAGAGGCCCUGAGGAGGGCCCGUAGGGCUCGCAGGGAGCACGUGGGCGUGUACCCGGUGCCCGUGGCGCUGCCCUAUGCCAGUCCCUACGCCUAUGUAGCCAGUGACUCGGAGUACUCGGCUGAGUGCGAGUCCCUUUUCCACUCCACUGUGGUGGACACCAGUGAGGACGAGCAAAGCAACUACACCACCAACUGCUUCGGGGACAGCGAGUCCAGCGUGAGCGAGGGCGAGUUCGUGGGCGAGAGCACCACCACCAGCGACUCCGAAGAAAGCGGGGGCUUAAUUUGGUCCCAGUUUGUCCAGACCCUCCCCAUUCAAACGGUCACGGCCCCUGAUCUUCAUAACAACCCCACAAAAACCUUUGUCAAAAUUAAGGCUUCGCACAACCUCAAGAAGAAGAUCCUCCGCUUUCGCUCUGGCUCUUUGAAACUGAUGACAACAGUUUGAGCCCUCAUUGGAGUAGAAAGUGUCUUUCCCCCUAGUUACUGGGGUGGUAGGGGGAAAGAGGAGGAAAAAAAAAAAAAGAAACAAGGAAAAAAAAAAGAUGGUGUCUUAAUAUUUGUGUGAAACUUUCAUAGAAUGCUUUUCUUUUUUUUAAGAUUAAAACCAAGGUAAAUUAUGUCUCAUCUUCAUCAUGUAUGGUUUCUAGUGCCUUUAAUGGAAGGUAAAGGAUAUGGUUAGUUAGAAGUAAAUAUUGACGUUUUAAUGGUGGUGAUAGUGAAUGAAUUUUGUGGUAUCAGCUGAUUUUUAUUGUAAAUUUUAUGAGCAUCUGACAAGGUACAGGUUUUGAUGUUCAAGAUUUAUUGGGAUGAGAUCAUUUGAUUUCAAGGUUAGGUGGAUGGAAUUUUAGGAUGUGAAUUUGCUCUUUGAUUCUUUAGUGCAGUGUCUUCGAAAGGUCUUUCCUGUUGAGGGGCAAUCCAUACAACUGUGUGAGGUAGGUACAAGAAAGAGUCAUUGUUUUCUUAAAUUUUCU